AUGGUUUGGUUGGAUGUCAAAAGUAAAAGAGCCAUCCGAUUGAGCUUCACUACCUUUUCGUAUCUUGUUUUCGGCGGUUUGGUCUUCGGGUUAUUCGAACAAGAAGCAGAUGAUCAGUUGCGGCAGGAGAUUCUUUCCGUUCGCACUCAGAUGCAAAACAAGUACAACUUCUCAGCAGUGUUUGUAUUAAUUUCUGAGUCAAUUUUUGAUUUCAGUGAUUUCAAAUUGCUCGAGGAAUCCGUGGUAAAUUCUAUUCCAUUCUCCGCCGGUCAUCAAUGGAAGUUCGCUGGAGCAUUUUAUUUUUGUACCGUGGUUAUAACUACAGUUGGUAUGAAAAUAAUUUGAAGAAUAUUCCCUUCAGGAUACGGUCACUCAACUCCUGCCACCAUUUUGGGGAAACUUUUCUACAUGAUAUUCGCACUGGCUGGGAUUCCUCUCGGAUUAAUUAUGUUCCAAUCUAUUGGUGAACGGAUAAACACUUUUGUUAGAGGUUGUCUCAUAAAAGCUCGAAAGAUCUUGGCUAAAUAUGGGUUUAAUGUUCUGCGCGAAAUCAAACCCCGUCAUCUACUGGUCACAUCCUCAAGUAUCGGAACAUUAACCAUUCUAAUUGGGACCGUUGUGUUCCACAAAAAAGAGGGAUGGUCUAUUUUUGAUUCGUUUUAUUACUGUGUAAUAACAUGUAAGACGAGGGACCAAUUAUUUAUCCAAUAUUUAGUAAGUACGAUUGGAUUGGGAGACCGAGUAGCUGCUCAAAGUGAUCAGAAGCUGGAUAAAGACUUGUUUUAUGUUCUGUUUACCCUUUUCUUCAUUCUGUUCGGUUUAGCCAUCUUCUCUGCUUGUAUCAAUUUACUCAUCUUGGAGUGAGUAGUAUGCUUUGAAACACUAAUCCACGACAUUUAGGUUCAUGGCACAUAAUGCAGACAUAGUGACCGCCCGAGGACGGUUACGUCGAUUGUUAUCGUUGAAGAAAACAACAUCUUUCCGUCGAUAUGCGAGUUCAAAAUCAUCAACCAUGACCCCCAAUUCGCCCACUUAUUUACAUAAAGCAGAGCGUUCUUUGGAGUAAGUAAUUUACACAUUCACCGAGUUUCUUUAGAAAGACUUCGGGGUCUGAUUACAUGCAGCUGAUGUACCGGUAUUACCGAAAAAAACCGGUUAAGUUUGUCGUUCGCCGUCCGCCUUUGUCAUACAUUGAUCAUCUUGUUAAUACUAAUUCCACUCGCAUAUAA